CUCUGAACUAUAAACACGGUGUGCGAUGUUAUGGGUCCUAUUAUACUUAUCUUGUUCAGUUUUGUUCAGCACAGUUACAUCGGGAACGUCAAACAGUCAAGCACAUUCUGAUCCUUCUGACUUGUAUAAUCUGAAAUUCUUAAAAACUGCUAUGAAGAAAAUCAGUCUAAGAAGUACCGGAGAAGUUCGCAAAUCCUUGAACGUUGUUACGAAAAAGGAACCAUUUUUGUUGCAAGUGCUUUCAAAACCUUUGCGUGAAGUGGUAGAUGAAGGCAACAAACGCUCUAAUAAGACAAUCCUUGCGGAUUUGGUGAAGUUUGACCUCUGGCAUACAACUAAAGCUAUAUUGGAUGUAGCUGCUCUGCUCAAACGUCAUCGUUUGUUUAUGAAAACAUAUCUUGUGGGAAAAAAGAUCAUGAAGAUGAGUGGAGUUAAUGCUACGCAUUAUACGGACGAUAUCGAAAACGAUCUCAAAGUAGUAGAUAUUGCAAUAAACGAAAUGAACGGAAUAUUGAAGAGCAAUCGUAGUUUCGAAACAAUCGCAGGAAUUUUGGAGGAGCUUAAUACGCUUGUUGAUCCUACUAUGUCGUGCAUAGUAGCACAUGAACUCAAAACUAUUGCCAAGGCCUAUCGUCCUAUGUACGAAGAACAUCUAGAGUUGGCGUUUCGACUCAAAGAGCCUAUUUUCGAAACAUUUGCUAUAUAUGCAAGAAUUUUCAUGAACUACUUUUAAUGUGAAAUCAAAUGAUACAUACAUAGAGACAGCUGCC